GAAUAUUUUGUUGAGAGGGAGUGAGAAAAUGCCCAUGCUACUCCAGAAUCAUCUGUUGAUAAGAAGUGGACCAAUAUGUCCCUGUAAACCGGUGACCAUGGCCGGCGCCGUCGCCGGCGCCGCCGUUUCUAAUGUUCCAUUGAAAUACAUCUCAGAUUCAUCGUCUUCUCGCCGCAGCUUGCAUUAUCUGAAGCGCUCUAGCAGUCCCCUCUAUGUAUCCCCAUCUCGUCUCAUUUGCAAUAUGAGCGGCAUAAAUAUGAUUCCAGAACUGGAAUAUGGAAAUCGUGAAGGGAAGAAACCAGAGAAGCGUGAGAAUGCUGUUUUCUGGAUUAUAUUACUCAAUCUUGGAAUUUAUGUAGCUGAUCACAUUUUUCAGGUCCGAGGUAUCAAGGCCUUAUAUUUGUACCAUAACAGGCCAGUGUGGUUCCAGAUUGUGACUGCAACUUUCUGCCAUGCUAAUUGGAAGCAUCUCUCCAGCAAUCUAUUUUUCUUAUAUAUUUUUGGUAAGCUUGUUGAAGAAGAGGAAGGGAGUUUUGCCUUGUGGAUUUCGUAUCUUCUGACUGGUGCUGGAGCAAACCUUGUCUCCUGGCUAAUUCUCCCCAGGAAUUCUGUUUCGGUUGGAGCUUCUGGUGCUGUAUUUGGACUCUUUGCAGUUAGUGUCCUUGUGAAGAUGUCUUGGGAUUGGAGGAAGAUUCUUGAAGUUCUUAUACUGGGUCAAUUCGUUAUCGAGAAGGUGAUGGAAGCAGCUCAGGCUUCUAUUGGGGUUUCAAGCGCUUUAAAUGGAGGUGGUUCUGCAAUGCAAAAUAUCAAUCACAUUGCACAUCUAUCGGGUGCUUUGAUAGGCGCUGCUCUCGUAUGGCUUCUAAGCAGAGUUCCCUUUCAACCUCCAAGUAAUGAUGAACUCGCUUCCUCCAAGAACACAAAUAAGACUCAAUGAAGUUUCUAGUUCUGCAAUUAUGGAUGUUCGAAUAUGAUUGCCACUACCACAACAUUUGGCAAGACUAGAUCUACAAGUGGAUUUUGUAUAUGAAUAUUUGCAUGCAAAUGAAGCAAAACUAAAUUUGAUGCUUAAGUUAAGCGCCAAUUAUUACCGAUUUUUUGUUUUAUAAAGUGGGAUUGAACUUUGAAUUAUGUAAAUUGGAUUACAAUUUGACUUCAACUGUUACAAUUUUAAUUAUA